ACGGGUUCUACUUCUCCAUCUUCCUCCCCUCUCGCAGGAAUCCCUCUGGCUAUAUGCUGCGUAGUUCUGGUUGUGAAGAGAGAGUCCUACGGCAGCUCCCUCGGCAGUGAGUCCAUGGAACCACUAGAUAACUCCGAGGCGUUCUGCUGGAUCCAGGAUGAAGUGGCUUUCUAUGUGUCUGUGGUGGGCUACAUUCUGCUAGUGAUGCUGUGCAACAUGGCUAUCUUCGUGGUGGUCCUGGUCCAGAUCCGCCACAUGCGGGUCAAUCAGCCGGCUGGCAUCCACAGCGGCCUCCUUCUGCAGGACCUGAAGGGGGUUUCCAGUCUCACCUUCCUGCUGGGUCUCACCUGGACUGUGGCUUUCUUCGCCUGGGGGCCAGCCAAGGUUCCCUUCCUCUACCUCUUCUGUGUCCUCAACAGUCUGCAAGGUGAGUGA